CGCCUAUCAUUUCACCAGCAGCGAUGGGCAAGGAUAUGAUGAACAGUAGCAACUUCUGCCAGCAGCUCGGCGCAACGUUGGUUCGCAAUUUUAAGCUAAAAAUCAGAGACUCACGCAAAACGAUAGCGGAAGUGUUCCUGCCGCUCUACACGCUCGGCACACUGAUCGUGCUGAAGAUCCUCAUACCGAACCCCAACUUUCCCGCCAUUACGGAACCACGCGGCGCUGCGACACUGUUCGAACAUUUCCAGCAUCAUAAAGCACACACCAUUGCCGUGCUGCCACAGCCAAACUCCUCCACCACGGUACCGUUUUUGAGCGAAGUCAACGAACUAUGGAUGUCGAACCGAAGGCAUCAACCGGGCAUUCAUCCCAUCAAGUGGAUGAUUUACGAAACGCCGGAAGAAUUGCUCGCGGCUUACUGGCGCGAUCCGAGCAAGAUGCCGCUGGCACUGAUAUUCCACUCGGACGACCCACUGUUUGGUCCGCUGCGGUACGAAAUACGCACGAAUCCAUCGUUCUACGUGACACCGUCAACGACUGAACUGUACUCGUCGCUGGUCACGUGCAGACAAUCGGACAGCUACUGGUCGGCGGUAAUCCCGAUCGAAACAGGCGAUUCGUGUCCGGUGAAUCAGUACUACUACUCCGGGUUCGUCGCAUUGCAAACCCUGCUCGACUACACCAAGAUCCGGAUCGUGACGCAGAACGAAGAGCUACAGAUACCUCAUAUUACGCUGGAGAUGUUUCCCAAGGAAGCGUACACGGGCAACUGGAUGGUCGCGUUUCGGUUGGUCAUACCGAUCUACAUGGUGAUGGCACUGUCACAAUUCAUUACAUAUCUGCUGAUCUUGAUCGUCGGCGAGAAGGAGAACCACAUCAAGGAAGGAUUAAAGAUAAUGGGUCUGCGGGAUUCCGUCUUUUGGUGUGGUUGGUUCGUUAUCUACGCCGUGUUUGUAACGUUUCUUAGCUUUGUCUCAGUAAUUCUGGUUUUUUCGUUGGGCGUUUUUCAAAACACAAACUACCUGCCAGUAUUUAUACUGAUUCUGCUGUACAGCUUUUCGGUGAUUCUCAUCGGCUUUAUGAUUACACCUUUCUUCGACAACUCACGGACUGCUGGCAUAUUGGGCAACUUUGCGGUUAAUAUUAUGUCCCUGCUCUACUUCCUGCAAGUAUUCAUUGACGAUACACACACCUCGGCAGCAUUGUGGACUGUCUCACUCAUUUCUCCGACGGGUUUUGCACUGGCAAUGGACAAAAUUCUCGUGCUGGAUAUAUCCGGCCAGGGUGUCACGCUGAACAAUCUCUGGACCGGGCCCGGUAUACCAAUCGGUGGCUCGAUACUAAUGCUUGUGGUGGACAUUCUACUGUACGCUGCGCUAGCAUUCUACUUUGACUGUGUCAUCCCGUCGGACCAUGGUACGAAGCAGAAGCCUUGCUUUUGUCUGAACAAAAACUACUGGUGUAAGAAAAAAGUGCCAAAAGUACCGCUGCUGAACGGCGAAUCUGCCAACUCGUUCAAUAAUGCGCUCGAGGAUCAAGCCCGCGAUGUGGAGCCAGUGUCGCGCGAGAUGCGCGGCAAGGAAGCGAUCCGCAUAGUGGAUCUGUACAAAACGUUCCACUCGUGCCGUAAGCCGGCCGUGAACGCAGUCAACGGGAUUAAUCUAACCAUCUACGAGGGACAGAUAACGGCCAUCCUCGGUCACAAUGGGGCGGGAAAGAGUACACUGUUCAACAUCCUGACCGGGCUGACGUCACCAACGUCCGGCACAAUAUACAUUUUCGGGUACGAUGUGCGCGAUCCGAACGAUAUGACCAUGAUCCGGCGGAUGACGGGAGUGUGUCCGCAGCAUGACAUACUGUUCGAAACGCUCACACCGAAGGAACAUUUGUACUUUUUCGCCGCCGUUCGAGGCAUUCCGCCGGCACUGGUUGAUAGUGAGGUGAAGAAAACGUUGCGCGAUAUUGAUCUAUUCGAUACGGCGGAAACACGUGUGAAACAUCUGAGCGGUGGUCAGAAGCGGAAGCUUUCGGUCGGUAUUGCGAUCAUCGGUGAUCCGAAGAUUAUCAUCCUGGACGAACCGACGGCCGGUGUGGAUCCGUACUCGAGACGACACAUGUGGUCCAUCUUGCAAAAUCGCAAGCACGGCAAGGUGAUCCUGCUGACGACACACUUUAUGGAUGAGGCGGACAUACUGGCCGAGCGGAAGGCCGUCGUGUCGCGGGGCCGACUGCGAUGCUGCGGGUCAUCCCUCUUCCUGAAGAACAAGUUCGGCAUCGGGUACCAUCUGACCCUGGUGCUUGAUACGAAUGCGUGCGAAACGUCCAUCACGAAGCUGGUGAACGAGCAUGUCCCACAGGCGGAGAAAGCCCGAAGGCAUGGGCGUGAGCUGAGCUACAUCCUGCCGCACGAUGCGGUCAACUCGUUCGUAUCGUUAUUCGACGAUAUUGAGAAGGAAAUUAAAAGCAAACGCAUGAUGCUUGGCAUUUGCUCGUACGGAGUGUCAAUGACGACGCUCGAGGAGGUGUUUCUGCAUCUGGAAACGCAGCGCGAAGGUGAACAGAAGGCGGGCGGAGCGGGAGAAGGUGAAGACGAGGAGGGUGAAGGAGAGGAUGAUGAGGAAGAUGGACAGGCGGCGGGCUAUCCGGUGUCGGAAAAUUUGAGCCGCAAAGUGAUGAAAACGCGAGGACUCCCUAGAAGCUUGUCAUUGCAGGAACGCAGCAACAGCUAUCAGUCGCUGAAGAACGAUACCAAAACCCUACUCGAUGAGCAGAACGCCGAAAAUAAGUCGUCGCUGCAGGAUAAUCGAAUGCAAUUCGAUACGAUCAUACCUAUCAACGGGCUCGGAUCGGAUGGUGUUAGUCAGGGAACGGCGGGUUCUGGAAUACAUCCAGCUUCAAUGGGUGGUGGCGGUGGUGGUGGUGUUGUUCCCAAUUCGGUCGUCAAUUCUCCCCAAUCUCAACGCAUGCAUCGUAAAAAGCAUCACCGUUCUUCGCGCAAUGGUGUGAGUAAAAGCACCAAAAGCAUCUACGAGGACCAGACGCAAACGCACGCGUCAGCGUCGGCAGUAAAGUUGAACAGUCAAAACCGAACCAACUGGAUGGAUCUGGACGAUAUUCCACUAUAUCCGUCGAGAUGGAGUACGAUCGGAGCACUUCUAAAGCUUCGUCUGACGAUCCUAUUCCGGGACAUACAGCGACUGUAUCUGUUGAUCAUACUGCCGUUAGCAUUCACGGCACUGGGACUGUACCUUAACUCGAUCCAAGUACUGUCACCCAUCAUGCGUUCCAUCCUGCUGGAUAAUACCACCUACGGAAGCAACAUUACGAAAAUCGCCGUACACGACAAUACCAAUCCGGCGAUGUGGCCUCAUGCCGCUUACGUUUAUCAUCAUCACCAUCAGCAACAACCGAGACAGCAGAAGCGCGAGUCACAGAAGCAUUACGAUCCAAUACCACAAUUUCUGCACCAAAAACACCACCAGCAGCAGCAACAGUCGAAGGAAGCGGCCCAUUUCUAUCAUCGAUUCCUCGCCGAGCUUCACCGGUCGGCGAAUGUGACGGAGGAUUAUAAUGGCAAUUUCUCGCUACUACUAGACAUCGCCCCGCACAUGGCCGCGUUCAAUGUGAAUGUAAUAUCUUGGUCAAAUGUAUCCAUCACGACGCUGUACAACGAUACGACUCAGCACAGCCUGCCGAUCAUUCUGAAUCUGAUCAGCAACACACUACUGCGCGUGUAUGCGGAACUAUCGCCAGCAUCGAUAAACUCGCAGCAUCUGCUCUACCAGCGUGCCGGACGGAAAGGUCCGAUGCCAACCUCAAAUGCGCAGUUUACGUUCGAUUAUCAAGACGAUGGGACAGAUGCUGAAAAUGUGGAUGAUUUAGCAUUCCAACCCUUACCAUCGAGUACGAGUUCCAGCACAACGUCCUCAGCAUCCGGUGCUGCUGCUACACCCGACCGUAGUGGAUCGAGCGACUCCAUGUUGCGUAUCGAACUGUGGUCACAUCCAUUCCAGCAAACGGCGCAACCGCAAGAGUUUAACAUCGGCACGUUCUCGUCCGCACUGUUUGUGGGAAUGAUAUUUGUUCUGAUUCCCGUUUCGCUGGCCGUCGAUAUGGUGUAUGAUCGUGAGAUGAAGGCUAAAAAUCAGCUGCGCGUUAAUGGACUUUCUUCAUCGCUGUACCUAUCGGCGUACUUUAUCGUGCUAUCGGGUUUGAUGCUGGUCAUUUGUGCUGCAUUGCUUGGGCUGGUGUUUUUAUUCGACAUUCCCUCAUUCCGACAGCCACCAGCACUCAUCACUCUAGGAAUGUUGGUGUUUCUCUACUCACCGGCUGGUAUCCUUUGUUCGACGUGCUUCUCGUACUUCUUCGAUCGUACAGAUUCAGCGCAAUCGAUCCUGCCCAACAUACUUACGUUCGUUGGGUUAAUCCCGUUCAUAUUGGUUGUAUUUUUGGACAUGCUGGGGAUCGAGGUUAAGGCAGCGAUCGCACUCCACUACGUGUUUUCCCUUAUCAAUCCCAUGUACAUUCCGUACGCGACGGUAUACUUCGUCGAUCGUGUCUACAUCGCAUGUCGAUUGAGUUCAGCCUGUGCAGAGCUGUCGAUGGCACACUAUAUGACCGAGGAGGUGAUCGUGAUGGCAUGCGGGUGCCUUUUGCACAUUCCGAUCUGGGCGUUCUGUUUACGGGUGUCCGAUGUGAUGAAAAGUGGUGGUCGUAUGCGGGAUCUGUUUCAUCGAUCAGCGAGCGAGGAAGAUGUUAUGACGGAAGAGCAAUGUACCGGUGAGUACGAAGAUGAAGAUGUACGUCACGAGCGUAGUCGCGUUUUCGGGCUUACAAGCAAUCCACAGCAAUCGCAACAAGAUGAUGCCGCAGGUCUACAGGCGCAGCCGGUAGUACUGGUUAAGAGUCUUCGCAAAGAGUUCUCCCAAGAGUCACUGUGCGGCAAUUGCUGCUGCUGCGCGGAUGAUGAACCUCCCAGAAAGAAGAUUUCAGUGCGAAGUCUAUCGAUCGCGGUGGAUGCCGGUGAGGUGUUGGGUUUGCUCGGACACAACGGUGCUGGCAAAACGACCACCAUGAAGAUCAUGACGGGCGAAACGGCACCCACGCGUGGUACGGUUCGUGUUGCCGGUCAUAGCAUUACCAUCAAUCAGGAUGAUGCCUUUAAAACGUUGGGCUACUGUCCCCAGCACGAUGCGCUGUGGAAGAACGUGACAGUGCGCGAGCAUCUCGAGCUGUAUGCACGUAUACGGGGAGUGCGUGGCAAGGAUCUAAACCGUUUGAUAUCGACGUAUCUGACGGGGCUACACAUAAACGAACACGCCAACAAGCAAACGCAGCACUGUUCCGGUGGUACCAGGCGCAAGUUAAGCUACGCGAUGGCGAUGGUGGGAGCCCCGAAAGUAGUGCUACUGGAUGAACCAUCGACCGGUAUGGAUCCAAAGUCGAAACGAUUCCUUUGGGACACUAUACUGGCUAGCUUCCAUGGUAAGCGCUGUGCAAUGUUGACGACCCACUCGAUGGAAGAAGCGGACGCGCUGUGCUCUCGAGUUGGAAUCAUGGUCAAAGGCGAGCUAAGAUGUCUCGGUUCGACGCAACACCUGAAGAAUCUGUACGGCGCCGGUUACACACUGGAGAUUAAGCUGAAGCACAUAGAAAACGUGUACAGUGAGACACCGAUCGAAAGUCAACCCAGCAGCAGCCAGGAGCAACUGCAACUCGACCAAAGCACGGACCACAUUGCACCGGUAAUCAGCAACUGCAUUGACAAUCGUUCGAUGGCGUUGCGCAAUUUCGUAACGGACCUGUUUCCGAGUGCCACCCUGGAGGAGAGUUUUGCCGAUAGGCUAGUAUACUCUGUACCGCAGCAAGCCGUCAGUUCCUUAGCUGAAUGUUUUUCACGGCUCGAGAAAGCUAAAACCGAGCUAGAUAUUGAGGAGUACUCAUUCAGCCAAACGACACUAGAACAAGUGUUCUUAAAGUUUGCACACUACGACGAGGAAACCUCCAGUGUGCAGUAGAUUAUA